AUGACCAUAUGCGGGGAUUACGACUCUCUGUUGGAUCAAAGCAGCUCUCUCUCUCUCUCUCCCACUUGGACUCGCCGCCACCAGCCUCACCGCCGCCGCUCGCGGAGCGGCGGCGCUCCUCUCUCCUCUAUCUCUCUUCUCUCUUCACCGUCGCGCCGCCAUCCUCACCGUUUUCUCCGUCCAGCCGCCACCGCUGCGGGUCCGCCGUCGUCGCGGGUUCGCAUCCCCGCCGCCAUCACCGAGAAUCUUUCCUCCAGUCGCCGACGCCGUUUCCGACAUGUAGGUGAUUUCCAGAUUCAAGGAAAGAAAAGGAAGGAUGUGUUUUUGGAGCGUGGGCUGCCAUCGUCGGCGACAGAGUGCCGAGCUCGUUGCCUGGUGGUGGUUAUACUUGGUAAUUCUCUUCUAGUUGGAACUCCUACAACACCCGCCUCUGAAAAGAGGCGAAUGAUUGAAGAGUUUUAUGGUAUGGUAAGGCCUGAAGUAGUUGAGGUCCAUCCUCCGGAUGUUGUCAAGACCAAGGGCCACGCUAGCACUCAGCGAGCCGUCUGAUUUCCAAGAGAGAAAAGGCUGUAAAGGAGGCUACUAGGCCUCUUAGACGGUGUAAGGCGUGCAAUGAGAUGGGUCAUCACGACUCUAGAAAUUGUCCAAUGCUUAAAGAGAUGGCAAUGGAGAAUGAGCUGCAGAAGGGCAAGAGGAAAAGUUGAUGUAUUUUGCACCUCACAAUAUUUUUGGUUUUGUUUUUUGAUUAGUCUUAUGAUUUACAUCGUUGUCUUAGUCUUAUUAGUAUUACCACUGUCAACAUUUUAUACAUAA